CCCCAAGGACCUGAGACCCCCAAGGACCCCGAGGACCCAGGAUCUUGUGGACCCCAGAUCCUAAGGACCCAAAGACCACGGGACACCAAGGACCCAAAAAUCCCCAGGCCCCAAAGACCCCAAGAACUGAGGACUCCGAAGACCUCGAGGACCCAAGGAGCCCGAGACCCCAAGACUGAGGACCUGAGACCCUGAGAACCAAGGACUCAAGGACCCCGGGACUCCGAGGAAAAUGGCCUUCAGCAAUCUCACGUUGAGCGUUGCUCGACUCUACGGGGACUGGAUCAAAAAUGCCGACCCGCGGGUCGGGGAGUGGCCCCUCAUGUCGUCCCCACUGCCUCAGGCGGCCAUCCUGACGGCCUACAUCUACUUCGUCACCUUGCUGGGGCCGAAGCUCAUGGAAAACCGAAAGCCAUUUGACCUGAAGAAACCGAUGGUGGCCUACAACUUCCUCAUGGUGGCCUACUCCCUGUACAUGUGCUAUGAGUUUGUCAUGUCCGGCUGGGGCACGGGCUAUUCUUUCCGGUGUGACCUGGUCGACUACUCCACCUCCCCUGCGGCCUUAAGAAUGGCCUGGACCUGCUGGCUCUACUACUUCUCCAAGUUCAUCGAGCUCCUGGACACGAUCUUUUUCGUCCUGCGGAAGAAAACCAGCCAAGUGACGUUCCUGCACGUGUUCCACCACACCAUCAUGCCCUGGACCUGGUGGUUCGGAGUCAAGUUCGCUCCAGGCGGCUUGGGGACAUUCCACGCCCUGUUGAACUCGGCGGUGCACGUUGUCAUGUACUCCUACUACGGCCUGAGCGCGCUGGGGCCCACCUUUCACAGCAUCCUUUGGUGGAAGAAGCAUCUGACCUCCCUCCAGCUGGUGCAGUUCGUGGUGGUGACCGUCCACAUCGGCCAGUUCUUCUUCAUGCCGGACUGCGAGUACCAGUUCCCCAUCUUCGUGUACAUCAUCCUGAGCUACGGCGUCAUCUUCCUCCUCCUGUUCCUGCACUUCUGGUACCGCGCCUACACCCAGGGCCGGCGCCUGCCCAAGGCCUGCAGGAACGGCGUCGGCCACGCCAAAAUGCCCUGAGCCCGCUGCCUACCGCCCACCUUGCCUCCCAGGGGACCGGCGGCGCCCUGUGACCACCGGCCGGCCUCGGGGGGAAGCCCGCCCCGGGGAGAUGGACAGACGGACCUGAUGCUUCCCAACUGCCCU